AUGUCAACGGUGAAGACCAAGCCAAGGAAUGGCAAACCGCCACGCAAUGAUGUGCUGGCUUCGCUUCAUAUGGCGUCCCUGGAGGAGGUCUCCAGGGCAGCUCUUCCGGCAGAGAUCGUCGCCUCGAUUCUCGAUUACGUUUCGGCCGUUGAUCUCAUCCGGGCAGCGCGAUCGUCAAAGCUCCUGCGUGAAAUGGCAUACGAUGAUACAAGAUGGGUACAAAGAUUGAAACGGAUGGGUUGCUGGAACGAGUCAGAUGCAAGGAAGCAUGUCGAAAGGCUACAUGGUACAAUUGUUAACGUGGAAAGCGUUGAGCGGCAAGACCUGGCUGAGGAGCAUUCUGCACCGGUGGUAGAGGCUCAACGGAACUCUGCAUCCGACCUGAAAUCACUUGAGGAUGGGUUUGACAAAAUAGACCUGUCGACCAUUACGGAAAAGCCAGAUAUUGAAGCGGACGGAGCCCUUGUGGCUAUGAAAGAGGCCAGGUCGAUACGCGGAGAAGCACGUCAGGAGUACGGAAAGAUCCAUGCGGCACUAGCACCGUUCUACGAUGACAUCGUCAACUCGGGGGCCACCUCGGAAAGCUUGGUAUUCAAGAAAUAUAAAGACCCAGAACAUCAAGCAGUGAUGCUAUCUCAACUCCAGUCUUUUGCAAAAUGUGACACUACCCAAGGCUGGCGUGAACGGGUAGCACGACUAGAGCUUGCUGUGCAGAUGUUCGAGACUUCAACAAUCCGGAAUUUUCAGCAAGGCUACGAAGAGGAAGAUAUUGAUGGUGCGAUGCGCAAGUAUUCCCACGUUCUUUCAAAUUUGAACGGUGCGGUGGGUGCUGUUGAAUGGUUCAUCAACAACAACCACUUGGUGACCCGGAAAUCCGACUAUGGACGGGUAUCGGAUUGCAUUGACCCCUUGACGGGCCGGGUCCGACUAGAACACACGCAGGCAUUCUUCACACGAUUGAGUGUGGCCCUGAAUGAGGAAAUCUCUGUUAUAAAUAAAGCCUUCCCUCCAUCUGCGAACUUGGCCGGUCCUUUCCUUGAAAAAGUAGGGCAGGAUGUACUUUACCCAUUUCUAACCGCUAUAUUUGAUGAAUUACAUAGGACUGACAUGGAGUCCUACCUCAUUGCUGUUUCAGGCACGUUCGUGCAAUGCCGGCGUCUGUCGCAAACCAUGUUGCCCAUUCAGCAUUGUGGUAACGAGUUUCAUAGCCUCUGGUGGAGUGUAAUUGCUAAAGUGUACGAGACGCAUAUUGAUCUCUAUCUUGCCGAGGAGCUGGAUUACUUUCGCAAACUCUCCGAGAGCGCAGUUACCGAAUGGGAUAGACAGCUCUCUGAGCAGGCCGCGUCGACGGAAUCAUUCCUGAUGUCUAAUAUAAACCGACAAGCCGACAAGCGAGACUUUCUGACCUCAUUCAAAAAGGUCAUCAUGAUGCCCGUCAAUAUUCUCCCGAGCUUCUCGAGCUCUAGCAAGUCCAAUGAAUCAAAGCCAGACCAAAAUCCCGCAUGUAGCAGGCCAUCAAGGAGCCCUAACAGAUUUUCCACGAUUACACCGUCACCGUCACCUAUUCCUCUUACAGAAGAGCCACCGACAACCGAACUUGCAGCAAAGGCUGCUAUCAUGAAGAUGAAUCUCGAGGGCAUCCGCUCACUAUUCAGCAUCGAGGUGGCUUUGAACUUGGUCCAUAAUGCAAAGUCCAGCUUGGAACGAGCAGCACAAUUCGUCAAGAUGGAGCAAGACACAGGUCUGGCUGCAAAACAGCAAUGCGAAGCAAUAUUUGUUGCUUUAUUACGCGUCUUAGGGCUGCGACAUGUUAUUGGAGGGUUUAACAAGGCAGUGGGCCAUCUUUCCAACUAUCGGCCACGCGAACAGGGAGAACGAGAGCAGUCUGGUGUGGAACCGCUAAUUACAUUUCUCGAGUUGGUAAACGUGGGCGACCUCAUUCUUCAAAUGAUGGACGUCUUCUACGAACAAGAGCUCGUGGGGACUAAACUGACUGACCGGAAUGACUUCCUUGACCCUGCUGUAAAGGAGAAGAAGAAGUUUGAGCAGAUGCUGGAUGAGUGUGUCGCCGCUGGUCUGAACAAAGGAAUUGACGUUCUCAUGGAGGAAGUUGACUACAUCCUUGCCACCAGACAACUGGCUACCGAUUUCAACCCAGGCCUCUCUACGGAUCCGCAUCGAUCGACUAUGGAAGUAGGUGUCACUGAAGCCGCGACAGCUGUGGUGGAUGUGGUAUCAUCCCACACGCAAAUGCUUGUUGGUAGCACGGAUAAAAGCACACUGGACGUUUUCAAUCAGGAGGUUGGUCUCCGAUUGUUUGCCGCUCUGUGUAAGCACCUGAAGAGACAGCGGAUUAGCGUGGAGGGAUCCCUUAGGCUUAUCAGCGACAUGAACCACUACUUCAAGUUCAUUCAGGGUCUGAAGAAUAACGACCUCCUCCUUUAUUUCAGGGGGCUUCGCGAACUGGCCCAGAUUUACCUGAUCGACCCGUCGGAUGCCAAAGCACUUGCUUCCAUCAUUGCGGAUCCUGAUCGGUUUUCUGGCAUCUGGGGCGCCCAGGAAGUAUACGAGUUUGCUGAACGACGUGCGGAUUGGUAUCAAGUGAAACGGGAUGUUGAGCGAGCGAUGUACGGGUUUGGAUGCACUGUUAUGUGA